UCAGUUGGCGUGUCAGUACGUUUUUGCAUGAAGGAAAUGAUCUAUCAUCCAUUGUAAGCUGAACCACAAAAGGGACCUGUGUCAGGAAUGCUGUUCUGUGAGAGUAGACAAGAAGGAGGGAGAAACAAUGCAAUGGGAGAAAGAGGAGAAACCAGUGGGGCAGGUUUCACACUGCUGUUAGGAUGCAGCACACAAAAAUGACAGAAGAGUUCCAAGAGUGGAGGAUGAGGGGAAUAUGUUCUGCCUCUCUCUCGAUCUCUCUUUGAGGGACAGAAAAACAAGGGACAGAAGUAAUACCCAGAGUGUAACUGAAAGGGCUGUGGGCGUUGGUGUACACUGCAGUUCUAACGGAAAACAUACAAACGAGAACAGAAGAGAAGUGAACACAGAACGACAAAGAAUGUGAAAGAUGUUGUGUUGGCACUUACAUACGCAAUGCAACCAAAGGAAGAACUGACGAGGAGUACAGAAAACAGCAGCAGCAGCUUAAAUGUGUAUGCAAGCUUCACCUCCCAUCUCACUGGAAGACUGCAGCCUAUGAUUUGAAGGAGAUGUAAAAAGGGAAAACAGUUUUUAAUCAAGCAUUACUCCUUAGAAGGAACACCAGAUCUGCUAAUGCAGAUCUAUCAACCUGGUAUGUUUAUUGUAUGAACUUAAAAAGAAACCUAUUUUUGUUAAAAAUAGAUACCUAUUUUACAGAUUCAUUUUUUCAUUUUUCUGGAAGUGUUCUUUGCAUUUAUCCAUUUCUGAAUUUUAAAGGACAGUAAAAAUGAGAAAACAGCUCUUAAACUUUGGAAAAAGUGGAUUGGGUUUGCUCAUUCAUUUGAGAUUACAAUGAUUGGGGAGUGAAAGACCAUUUCUUUAUUCAAAUAAAUUUGAGCCUGGCUAGAGUCAUUUUAGUAGUCGUACCAUUCUUCUUUGGUUACAAACUACUAUCAAUUUGGAUUCACUGAUAAGAAGAGGAGUGAUUCCCAUAAAGAUGGACCUGUCUCAGGGAUCUACUGUAUUGCCUGAAUCCAGCAAAUCACCUUGCACUUUGCCAAAACCAAGUGCAGGUACCACCCAUGCCCCAACACCUGUUGAUGCCGAACAGGUGAUGAAAAGCCCUUCUCCAAAAACUCAAGCCCUCCCUACAGCCGGAUUGGAGUGGUCUGCAGCACCAAAGUUCAACAUUCGAUCUUUCAAAAGCCUCUCCCUGGACCUGGGCACUCCAAACAAGCAGAAGAACCUGAGGAAACUUGUGAAUAUCUUUGAGGCACCUGAAGCUGGGACAGGCACUGAGAGCAACAGGCGGAGCCAAUUAGAUGGUCAGCAGGGCGCACUGGAUCACAUGAGCCAAGGUGACCAAUCAGAGCAGGGGACAGGGAGGAGGGGGAGGUCAGAGUGGAGGCAGAAUAGCGUUUCAAACCGGAGUAAGAGUUUGGAUUGGAGAUGUGGAGUAUCUGAUGUGGGUAAGGGAGAAAGGAUAGGGACACAGGGAUUACCCGAAAACUGCGGGGGUUUACCAAGACGAUCGGAAAGUUUUGAGAGAGACGGAGGUGGAGACAUAGGGAAAAACAUGUCUACCCCAACAACAAAAAAAUUGGACCAAAGUUGCACAAGUGUUUCAUCCAGGAUCAAGGAGUACAAUUCAGGUGAGAAAGUAGAACCAAAGAACCUCAAGACUGUGCCUGUUGACCAGCAAUUCAUCUUAGGAAGAAGCAGACCAGGGUCUUUGCAGACAGCUAGUAGAGGUCAGUCUUUGCCUUCUCGGAUAAAACUAAGAUUGAGUGACAGUGAAGUGGGAGGGGACGUCAGUGUUUGGGGUCUUCACCAGAACGGAACAAGGACAGCUGGUGAUCUGUCGUCUAACAAUACUAUUUUGGAUCGGAUUGAGAAGCUUUAUGGUUCAACAACAUCAGACAUGAGCCCAAAACAUGAUGCUGGUUCAGUGGACCGGCUGAAAGCCAAGCGAAACUCUGUGCCUGUUGUAGAUUGGCUUCUGAACAGGAAGGAGGGAGAACUGAGCCAAUGGCGCAGUUCAACUUCCCAGAAUCCUGCGCCGGACUCAGAAUCCUCACGUCAGUGGAUAGGCAUGCCAUAUGAGAGGGGGCAGGGAGGAACAUUCCCUCGGAGGUAUUCUAAAGGGGAGAAGGAAAACAGUGCGACCGGAAGUACCUGGGACAGCAGAAAUGGGAAUGAUGGAAGCGAUAUUUCCAGUUUGAGGAACCCGAACAUAGUCAAGGCAGGGCAGGAAAGGUCAGGCGACAGAGUUUCUGGGAGACUACAGCAAACUCAGACUUCACUGGCUGAGAGGGAUCAGAGUGUUUCCAGAUUGUUAGACAGAGGUAGGCACAGUCAAACUUUUUCAGUUACAACAAGAUCUGUGAUGAGCACACCAAAGGUUGCAUCUCCUCAACAGCAGGUACAGUUCCCAGUAGACGGUACAGCAGUAUGUGUUAGAGAUCUUCCACAGGCUAUUCAGUCCAAAGCUGUCACAGAUGGACAGGAGAAAGAGAGGGAGUGUAAAAUAGGGAAAGGGGAAAUAAAGACGGAUGUGGUGCCAGAUCUAGAUCCAGGAAGAGAAGAGAAGAGGAACAUGACAUGGCAUGAGGGGGGGUUUUGUGACGGAGAGACUGAAAGGAAGCUAGGAAAACAUGAGGAAAGUGAGCAGAACUGCAACAUAAACAAAGAAACCAAACCACUUAAAGCCACAACUGCCUGUGAGAGAAGCCCCACAGUGAAAUACUGUGGCACCUUGGACUCACCUGCAGAGUUGUUUCCCAAAAUGAAUCUGGCGUCAGUAGCGCAACCAGCAAAUACAGCUUUGGACGGGGUAAACACGGAUUCAAAACAAGACUUGGUGGACUGUCCAGGAGGCAGACCUGAACAUAGCUUACAUCGGCCUACAUUCAAAUCACUGGAGCCAACGAAUGUGAGAGGACAUAAGGAACAAGGUAAAGGGGAAGAUGAUGAUGUUUUUAGACUGAACAGUCCACUCAGGGUCCUGGGAAACAGGUCAAAUGGAGAGGCCAAAACUGGGGUCGCUUCAACCUCUUUGGCUAAUGUGCGUAGUAAGAUCGACCGUUUUGAAACGCUGUCCCAACAGAACCGGUCUAUACCUCCUUAUCACCUGCUGCGGUCUAGGAGGGCAUUAUCUGAACCUGAGCACCAUAUGGAGGUGUUAGGGGUAAAGAAGAGUGAUUCAGACAGGACUUUGGGUGGGAUUAGGGGGCAAGGUGCAGUUGGCUUUGGUCCAAAGCAAUGCUUUAAGAAAGAAGGGGGAGGAGAGGCUGUUGAGGGAGGGAGAAGAAAGUGGGAGGUGAGGUCUCUUUCUAUGGAUGGAGUGAGACGGAGGAUAGAUGGCAGAGAUGUCUUGCGUGGUGGGAUCAGCUGUCCCCAACAAACAAAAUGGAGUGCUUACAAAGAACCUCCUUACAACUCCACAAUCAAUACAGAACAAUCCAAAGAUUGCAAAGCUUCUUCUGAUGAACCAGACAGUUCCAUGGCCAGUCAACCAGAAACUAAGCAUGGAUUAGGACGACAAGGAGAGAUUUCUAAGCCACUCAGUGCAAAAGACACAAUGCCUAUACUGCAAAUCAACUGCAACAACUCCAAUGGGUUUGACGGUGUCACUGGCAUAACAAAUACCAGUGGCAAGAAUGCAUGUCAUUCAAUAAAUAUAUCUGAGACAGAUGAGGGGGACAAGACAUUUAUUAACUCUGCCAGUAGAUCACCCUUCAUUUCCAGCAACAAUAGUGAUGGCACUUCUGUCAGCAUAUAUCCUGACCAAGUUUCAAAAAGAGGACCUCAGGCAAGCACUCAAAGCACCACAAAAGCAGCCGCUACUCCUGUAUACAUGACCAACAAUGUCCCAUCUACCUCCUCCACGCCUGCCCCUGAGUCGGCACCAAAUCAUUCCCUUCCUCACCUAGCCACCAGCUCCUCCUCCAAUGAUCCCCAACUCUACAGUGGAGUGACUCAAAACCAAAACCAAAAUCAGGUCAAGGGCCACAAGGAUCCUUUCUGCAUGGCCAGGUGGAGCUCAGAUGAAGAUUUGUGGGGUGAUGAUGAUGAUGAUGAUGAAGGAACAGAGAAAGGUUCAAAUUAUGACUCAGAUUCAGGAGAAUCAUCGGUAACCAUCACGAGCAACAUGAGCCAAUCGGAUCGCCUUAGCUUCUCAGUGAGCCUGGCUGACCUGUGCAAUUUCGGAGGAAUGGAGUACACGGGCCAUGACGAUGACAUGGACCUGGACGAGCGCAUGUCACAGCGCACGGCCUCCCUCAGCUCCGACAUCUCCGCCUUCUCCUCCAUCUCCGUUCUGCCGGCGGAGGAACUGGACCGGCUGGUGGAGGAGGUCCGGGGUCUGGGAGACGACACUCUGAAGAACUAUGAGGACGUGCAGGUGGUUGUGCUGCACAAAGAGGUGGGCUGUGGUUUGGGCUUCACGGUAGCUGGAGGAGUGGACCAGAACAAGCCCAUCACUGUUCACAAAGUGUUCCCCUUUGGUCUGGCAUCCCAAGAGGGCUCGAUGAGGGAGGGUGACCGAGUCCUGUCCAUUAAUGGCACUGCACUGAAGCACUCCGCCCACUGGGAGGCGCUGCGUACUCUGAGGAGGGCGCGCUCUCGGGGCAUGGCUGUCGUGGUGCUGCAGAAAGGGGGCGCCACUGAGAAGAGGAAAAAUGCUGCUGGCAGUCCUCAGGCAGGGGCUGAGCAGCACACUGUGAGAAACGGAGUCAGGAGGAUACGAGUGGUGCUGAACAAAUUCAGCACAGACCUGGGCUUCAGUCUGGAGGGGGGAUUGGGCUCCAACAUGGGAGACAGACCCCUCACUGUGAAAAAGCUCUUCCAAGGGGGCCCAGUGGAGGAUGUGUUUCCUGGGGAUGAGCUCCUGGAGGUCGAAGGUCAGGGCAUGCAGGGACUGCGGCGGCUGGAGGCCUGGAACCUGAUUAAGAAACUGCCCCCUGGCCCCGUGGAGGUGGUACUGAAUCGGCCUUUCAGACCACAGUGACACACACAAACUGGACCUCACAGGGACUCAUCAGCCCACCAAAGAGUAGGAACAGAAAUGGCUUUGUAAUACUUUUCACUCAGAGGAACGUUUGAGAAGGAGCCAGAGAAAGAGAGGCAGCGUUGCACCAUAUUCUCAGCAGGUAUGAUGUCAAAGUGUGAAGAACUAAUGAUGCUGCAUACAGAGAGUGGACUGGAACAGGUGCAAACUACUCAAGAAUGGUCUUCUGCUCUGGCUCUUAAAGGCCUGCUACUCAAGUUGUUGUCUGAUGGCAGCUUUACCUUCCGCUCCUGCCUGACCCCUGGGAUAAAAAUAUAUGGAAGAUAAUCAAGAAUCUGGAUUUUUCAUGGCAGAGGGAGGUUCACAUGUUUCUGCAGUAAGGCAUGGUAAUAGCCAACUAAAAUGUAUUUCACUGGGACUGCGGCGGCCUAGUAAUGUGAAGUAGACCAAGGAAACGGGUGAAUGAGGGAAUGAGGGAGUGAAUGAGGCAAGCAGGUAGAAUUCAGUAAUGUAGUGGAGAACCAGCUAUGGAGUGAACAUUAUCCUGGUUAAAGACGGAUGUAGAGAAAAGGAAUGUUUCUAUGAUUGUACAGGAAGAGAAGAAAGUACUUUUCUAAAUGUGUUCGUUGCGUUUAAAAAAAAGAAUUUAGACAUAUUUAUUUUAAACUUUCAAAGAUUUGCUUUGAUAUAUAUUAUUAAAUUAUUAUAAAGGCUGUGUAGUCCUGAAUUUGCUUCAGAACUGUGAUAAAUUUGUAUGUUUUUUAUUGAAAAUGUCUACAUUUGGAAAUAAAAGCCUAAAAAUCCA